AUGACAACGUUAAAAGGCAUUUUUCCUAACUUAAAACCAGUAAAAGGAAAAAAUUUUAUACAUGAGAAUGUAAAAAAUCUUCGCCGUAUGAAACAACAUUUUCAUAUAAGUAAAGAAGCAGAAGAAAUUCCAAAAUUACAAGUACACAACUGGAAAAAAGUGAUUAGUAAUAAUAGUAACAAUAAUCGUAAUCAUAGUCGCAACGUUUUGUCUAAAAUGAACUCAAAUUGUCGAAUAAAAAAAAAUGAAGGCAAUGAUAAGAAUUCAAUUGUAAAUAAUAAAUUAGAUGAACAAGAAUUGCAUAAAAAAUCUAACACCUCAAUGUUAAACAAAAGCAAUGUUUUUAUUAAAGAAACAACACAUUCAACAAAUGAAAAUGUGUUAUUUAUGCAAAGAAACAAGCAGCACAAAGGACUGCGUAAAUCUAUACAAAAAGUACAUGAGAAACCAUCAGUACAUCCUAAUUUAUCAUAUACAUUAGUUGAAGAUAUUGAUAAUACAAAAAUUCCAAUUAAAGUUAAAAAUCAAGGUAUUCAGACAUUGAACCCAAAGGAAAUUGAUGAUUUAUAUUCUGAAGGAACGAUUAAAUAUCCAUCAAAGAAUUAUUUGAAUUAUGAUGAAACAAUAAAUAAAAAUGAAACAAAUGAACAAAUUGAUACAUCUUCAAGAAAUAUAACAAAUUCACCUUUAGAUAGAGGAGAUGUUCAAAAUAUACAGAACAAAAAUGAUGUAAAAAAUUCGAAAUUAUCAUCUAAAGAGGAAAUAGAUUUUAUUAAAUUAAACAAAGAACGUACUUUUAUGGCUAAUAAGAUAGCAACACAAAUGAAUAAUAGUAAUAAUGCACCUCCUACUAAUUAUCGCUUGGGUGUAGUUCCAAAGUAUAUUAAAAGUAGGAAAGAAACACAAGAAAAAGCACAAAAAGCCAAAGCAGAAGAAAUAGAUUCUAACUGUCCAAAUGGUCAUGUUCCUUUACCUGACUGUGAACGCAAAGAAACAUUGCGAAUAUUGAAAAAAAAUUAUCAAGAUUAUGUAAAUGAGUUAAAUAUGAUGCCUAUAAAAGUAGAUACACUUAGGGCACAGCAACGAAAAAUAGAAAUAGAGAAACAACUGAAUAAACUAGAAGAAGGCAUGAAGGUUUUUUCAAGACCUAAAGUUUAUGUAAAAAUGAAUACUUAA